UAAUUAAAUAAUAAUGCGACGUAUGUUAUACCGGAACCCAGAUGGCAAAACCGUCGCACUGCAUUCCACCGUCUGUUAUUUCAUCACACGACCAACACCCUCUACGCCACUCCACUCAAUGCUACACUUAUGGUUCUAGAAUCUUACACGGCUCGCUCAAAAAUACUAAUUUUCUGAGUUUCCUCAACUUGGAAUCUCAUUUCAGCAGCAAACCUGUUGCUGGAAGUUCUCUCAUUCUUCCGAUCAGUUAUCCGUCUUACAGAAAGGUAAAAGUUAGAAGGAGGUUGAUUGAUCAAAGAUCAUUAGUAAUGUCAAAGAUGAUUGGGGAGGAAACCGCGUUAUGCUCAGAGGCGCGGGCCGGGAAAAUGGUUUUUCAGCCAAUUCUCGAGGAAGGAGUAUUCCGCUUUGAUUGUUCUGCAGACGAUAGAAAUGGUACAUUUCCAAGCAUUUCAUUUGAAAACCCCAGAGUUAGGGACGUGCCACUUGCGGAUGUCCAUAAAGUUCCAACUUUAGUUCCCAGUUUUGAAUGUGUAAAGGGACAGCAAAUGGUCAAUUUAGAGUUUCCUCAAAACACCUCAUUUUAUGGAACUGGAGAAGUUAGUGGGCAGCUUGAAAGAACAGGGAGGAGGAUAUUUACUUGGAAUACGGAUGCAUGGGGCUAUGGCCCUGGAACUACUUCAUUGUACCAAUCACAUCCAUGGGUUCUAGCAGUACUUUCAAAUGGAGAGGCAAUAGGAGUUCUUGCAGAUACAACUCGACGCUGUGAGAUUGAUUUGCGGAAAGAAUCAAACAUAAAGCUAAUUUCUGAAGCGCCCUAUCCCGUCAUCACAUUUGGUCCAUUUGAUUCACCAACUGAUGUUCUUGCCUCUUUCUCACGAGCAGUUGGAACUGUUUUCAUGCCACCAAAGUGGUCCUUGGGCUAUCACCAAUGCCGUUGGAGCUACCAUUCUGAUGCUCGAGUUCGUGAGAUAGCGAAGACAUUUCGGGAGAAAAGUAUACCUUGUGAUGUCAUAUGGAUGGACAUAGACUACAUGGAUGGUUUUCGUUGUUUCACCUUUGACAAGGAGCGAUUUCCAGAUCCGAAGUCUCUAGGAGCUGAUCUUCAUCAAAAUGGGUUCAAGGGAAUCUGGAUGCUAGAUCCUGGGAUAAAAAGUGAGAAGGGCUAUUUUGUCUAUGAUAGUGGUUCAGAAAGAGAUAUUUGGAUUCAAACUGCAGAUGGAAAACCUUUCAUUGGGGAUGUGUGGCCCGGGCCUUGUGUAUUUCCUGAUUUCACACAGUCGACCGCUCGUUCAUGGUGGGCUCAACUAGUAAAAGGAUUUAUCUCUAAUGGUGUCGAUGGUAUAUGGAAUGACAUGAAUGAGCCAGCUGUCUUCAAGACUGUGACAAAGACAAUGCCAGAGAGCAAUGUCCACAGGGGAGAUGCAGAACUUGGUGGCCAUCAGAAGCACUCCCACUAUCACAAUGUUUAUGGUAUGCUGAUGGCUAGAUCUACAUAUGAAGGGAUGAAACUAGCAAAUGAACAGAAACGACCCUUUGUCUUGACACGAGCUGGGUUCGUUGGUAGCCAAAGGUAUGCUGCAACAUGGACUGGAGAUAAUCUUUCUACGUGGGAGCACCUACACAUGAGUAUCUCCAUGGUUGUUCAAUUGGGGCUGAGUGGUCAGCCACUCUCGGGGCCAGAUAUUGGUGGCUUUGCCGGUAAUGCAACGCCAAAGCUGUUUGGAAGGUGGAUGGGAGUGGGUUCCAUGUUUCCCUUUUGUCGAGGUCAUUCUGAGACUGACACUGUCGAUCAUGAGCCCUGGUCUUUUGGGCAAGAGUGUGAAGAGGUUUGCCGACUUGCAUUAAAGAGGCGAUAUCGGUUUCUACCACACAUAUAUACUCUCUUUUACAUGGCUCAUACAAGGGGCAUUCCAGUGGCAACUCCUACCUUUUUUGCUGAUCCUAAAGAUUUGGAGCUAAGGACACAAGAAAAUUCAUUUCUCUUGGGACCCCUUCUUAUAUAUGCAAGCACGGGUAAAGAUCAGGAGUUAUAUGAAAUGCAACACAAGUUGCCUAAAGGCAUCUGGCUUAGUUUUGAUUUUGAAGACUCUCAUCCAGAUUUGCCUGCCUUAUAUCUUCAAGGUGGAUCUAUCAUUCCUGUGUCCCCACCUUAUCAGCAUGUUGGGGAAGCUAAUCUUACAGAUGAUUUAUUGCUGUUGGUGGCUUUAGAUGAAGCUGGUAAAGCUGUAGGGUCGCUCUUUGAAGAUGAUGGUGAUGGAUAUGAAUACACUAAUGGAGGAUAUCUAUUGACAACAUAUAUUGCUGAACGGCAAUCUUCUGUGGUCACCGUGAAGGUAUUGAAAACUGAAGGAUCUUGGAAGAGGCCCAAACGCCGCUUACAUGUGAAACUACUGCUUGGAAAAGGUGCAAUGAUCGAUGCAUGGGGUAUUGAUGGAGAUAUUCUGCAAAUUCCAAUCCCAUCAGAGAGGGAAGUGUCAGAUUUGGUCGCGGCUGGUGAAAAACAACUGAGAACUCGUAUAGAAACCGCUAAACGUAUUCCAGACGUGGAAAAUGUCCCUGGACACAAAGGAAUAGAACUAUCGAGAACACCUGUUGAAAUAAAAAGUGGCGACUGGUCUCUCAAAGUCGUACCAUGGAUUGGUGGAAGAAUCAUUUCUAUGGGGCACCUUCCUUCAAAAACCCAGUGGCUUCAUAGUCGAGUCGAAAUUAAUGGCUACGAGGAAUACAGUGGCUUGGAGUAUCGUUCUGCUGGAUGCUCAGAGGAGUAUUCUGUCAUCGAGCGAGAUCUGGAGCAGGCAGGAGAAGUCGAGUCACUGCAAUUAGAAGGUGAUAUAGGAGGCGGUUUAGUCCUUGAACGCCGGAUAUGUAUCCCCAAAGAAAACUUAAAAACAGUCCGGAUUGAUUCCAGCAUCGUAGCUCGCAAAGUUGGUGCUGGAUCUGGAGGAUUUUCAAGGCUUGUGUGCUUGAGAGUGCACCCGACAUUCAACUUGCUGCAUCCAACUGAAACAUACGUGUCUUUUACUGCAAUCGAUGGGUCUGUCCACGAGGCUUGGCCAGAGUCUGGUGAACAGGUUUUCGAAGGGAAUCUGUGCCCGAAUGGCGAAUGGAGGCUUGUCGACAGAAGCCUUGGCUUCUCCCUAGUGAACCGGUUCAAUAUCAGCCAAGUUCACAAGUGUCGAAUUCACUGGGGAACGGGGAAUGUGAAUUUGGAGCUCCGUUCAGAAGACAGGCCGGUGUCCGAGGUAUCUCCUCUUCAAAUAUCUCACGAGUACGAGGUAAUACAAAUACCAUAAUCUUGAGGCCGACGAAGUUUUAUGCAGAUCCUGAUCCUGUAAUUCGUAUGAUGCAUCAAGCUUUUGUUUCGUUUUCUGCUUUGUAAAAAACCCUUUUAAUAUGUGAUCCUGAAUAUGAUGUUUAUCGAUAUUUUGAUCAAUAAAUGGAUAAAACGCUUGAAAUUCUGUA